GCGGGGUUUCUGUAGCUGUAGCAGGCGGUCGUUCCAUUACUUGUCGUUGUUCAGCAGAGUUUUUUUUCCUCUCUGUGAGGUUUUGGCGCGAGAUAGAUGGGCGGGCGUACACACUUGCCUUAAAAAGUCAGACUUGUAGCAUUAAGUAGUAGAGGAGCUUUUACUGAGGUACUGCAUUUUUUGAGUGUGUGGUGUAUAUUGGAAAUAGGCUCUGAGCUUUUGUAGUUUGAAGUGCUGAUCGGCCUCGAAACAGCUCACUUUCAGUCUUCCCGCAGUCUGUUACUUUGAUUAAAGAGCGUUUACAAUGCCUCAAGGCCCCUGGGAAACCGAAGUGGACCCUGAACCCAUGUUGUUUGACGAUGAUCUCUGCAACAGCGUUCUUAAAGACCUAGAACUGCUACCAACAGUAUCACAUUCUGCAGAUAAAAUUAGCUCACUUUUCGGGUUUGACUCUGACCUGGAUGUGUUUAUAACUGGGUUGCUGCUUGAAGGGGACACUGGGUGGGAACAUGGAUGGAACCAUGAAAAGACAUCCGACCUAGACUUCCCGAUGGAUUCUUUUCCUAAUUUGGAAGACCUUGAAAAAGAAAUGAAUGAAAAGUUUACUUCAGCAGUGUCUCAGUGUUCGUUGCUUGCAGACUUUGAAAAUGGGAUUGGCGAGAAUGGUGGUGCGCACAUCACGGAUUCCACCUGCCCACAACUCGAACCAGAUGGGAAAGUAGAACAGAGUUCAUCAGAGGAUGAGGAAUCUAUUUGUACCGGAAGCUUAACCUUAAGCUCCAGUGAGUCAGAAGAAGAAAUUGAUGUGGUCACAGUAGAAAGACACAAAACAGUCGGGAAACGCACUGUUUGCACUGAGCAGAUCAGGAGAUCAGAAACUAGAGCACAAAGGCUUGCCGCAAUCAAGCGUUGUAACCUUGAAAUUCAGCUGCAGCAUAACUACGCCGCACCAUGCCCUACUACAGUGGAAGCUAAAAGACCGUGCACCUAUACUGCUGGAUUCAAGGGCGUGCGUAAGCGCAAGAACUUUGACCUCGAUGAGGAGGAGCCGCAAAGAACGCACGCUCUAUUCAAAUGUGCGAACAAGAGCAGAAGUCCGAGUAUGCGCUCCUCCUCUGACGUUGAAGAGGAGGAGAGGCGCAGGACGCACAACGUACUCGAAAGGCAACGGCGCAAUGAACUAAAGUUGUGUUUCCUAAAAUUGAGAGAUGAGGUGCCAGACUUGUUAAACAAAGAAAAGGCUUCAAAAGUGGUCAUCUUACAGCAAGCACGGGAUUUCAUUACGUCUCUCCAAGUUGAAGAACGGAAGUGCAUAUCCAGUAGAGAGAAACUGAAACGAAAGCAAGAACAGUUAAGGCGCAGACUUGAGCACUUAAAAAGGACUAAAUGAACCCUUUGUCUCAGGAAAUGGACAGCACACUUGGUUUUUAAUGGCAAGUUGUAUUAAAAGCACAACUUAAUUGAGGGUCCAUGCAUUUUGUCCGUUACCUUCAGGAGCAUCUUUCCACGUGUUUAAAUCCUUGCUUACUCCUCAAAGAUCUGUCCUGCUCCUUCUGGUACCAUAAAUUGUAGUUAUGUCAAAGCAGCUGUUGUCUUAACAGUACAAGUUUUUACAGAGUAACCUCGCAGAUCAUAUACUGAGCAAGAUUUGGAAUUUAGGAAGUACAUUGUUAAUGCAUUUUGCAACACCAAUAAAACAGAAGGAAGGGUGUGGUGGUUGUUUCAAAUGCGAUGAACAGUUAAGGAAAGUUUGCAUUAAUGUUCGUUUUAUUUAUCAGUUGUAAACAGUUAAAUAUGUGCCUUUAUACUACUGCCUUUGAAAAUGUUUGUAUAUACUUUAUUGCAUGUUGUUGCAUGCUGGUUUUUCCAAGCUUUACUAGCUUGAUGUAAACAUGGGUUUAAUUCAGUUUACCUCGAUGAAAUGUAUUAAAUAAAAUUGUUUUUACUUUAA